AUGUCCCAUCCGGUAGCCCCGCCCACGCCGCAGGAGGUCAUCCGGAAGCUGUCCAUCCACUCUGCUGCGAAGCCCAAGAUCACGCCGCCUGCAGGCGGCCUCGUCUCGGGCACCGAAUCGGACUCGGACUCCGUGUUCUCGCCCGACCACGCCUCGCCGUCCGCCCACGCGGCGAGCGUCAGCGGCAGCUCGUCCGCCCCGCCCCCGCUGUCCGCGAUCGUCGAGCGCCGCGGGCCCGCGGGCGGCGAGGACUCGGAGGACGACGAGGACGACAACGACGCCCCGUUUAUGGCGGGCGAUGGCGACGGCGACGGCGACGGCCCGCACAAGGCGGGCGAGAGCGACCUCCGCGCGGGGUACCUGUGGAAGAAGGGCGAGCGACGAAAGAACUGGAAGCGGCGGUGGUUCGUGCUGCGGCCCGCGCACCUCGCGUACUACAAGACGUCGGCCGAGUACCAGCUGCACCGGCUGCUCGACCUGCACGAGGUGCACACCUGCACGCCCGUCUCGCUCAAGAAGCACGAAAACACGUUCGGCGUCGUCUCCGCCGCGCGCACGUUCUACCUCCAGGCGGAGACGCAGGAGGAGAUGCAGGCGUGGGUCAGCGCGCUCAAGGACGCCAAGGAGGCCCUCCUCGCGACCUCGACCACCACCUCGCUCAACGCCGGCACCGGCGCCCCCGCGCCCCCGCAGCCGCCCCCACCGCCGCACGGGCACGGGCACGGGCACGGGCACACGCACGCGGCGCCGGCGCCGAUCCCGAUCCCCAUGGCGCGAUCCAGAGACGUGUUCCACCACGCGCACGCGCACGCGCCGGCGCCGGUGCCGCCGUCGCCGCCGUCGCACGGGUACCGCGGCGGGAGCGGCGGCGGGAUCACGUCGUCGGACUCGGAGGACGGGGGGCUGAGCUCGUCGCCGACGUCGAUGCCGUUCUCGACGUCGCCGUCGGGCCAGCCGGCCGCGACGGCGACGGCGACGGCGACGGCCAAGGACGCGAGCAAGGCGACGGUGAUCGCGGGGUACAUCAUGAAGUGCGGCUCGAAGCGGCGCAACUGGCGCAAGCGGUGGUUCGUGCUCAACGGCGAGAAGCUGAUGUACUCUGGCAGCCACAUGGACACGAAGCCGCAUCGGCAGAUCCCGCUCUCGCAGAUCCUGGACGCGUUCGAGUACGAUCUGCCUCAGCACCGGGCUGCGCCGGGGCAGCUGGGGACGGGGCCGUCGAGCGUGCCGGCGGCGGUGCCGCGGGGGGCGGGGGACGACGUGGACGGGGCGCACGGGAAGCAGACGUUCAAGAUCGUGACGACGAAGCGGACGCUGCUGCUGUGUGCGCCGAGCGAGGAGGAGGAGAUCCGGUGGCUGAGCGCGGUGCGGGCGCUUAUCGCGCGGCGGCAGGACGCGGGGGUGGUGCCAGGGGAGAAGGACAAGGGCAGCAGCAAGGGCCCGCCGGUCGGGGGCAGCGAGGUCGGGAGUCACGCCGCAUUUGUCGUCGGAUCGGGAUCGGGAUCGGGCAGCGGAACCAAAAACAGAAAGGACCUCGGCGUCACCGCAGGCAGCGUGGCGGAGGGCGCCGUCUCUGAGAGGCCAUGAGAGGCUCAUCUUUCUUUUUGCUCUCUUUUCUUUUUGCUUUUUUUUCUUUUUCUUUCUUUUUUUAACUUUCUGCGUGCGGAAGAGUCGGGAGAAGGUGGGGCCAGUGCUCAUCUCGUUUACGAUGGGAUUGCGGUGGCGUGCGUGCUGACUACGGUUCAUGUACAUACGGUUGUAUAAUACGUCUGCAUAUGCUGGCUG